AUGCCUAUGAUGCCCAUCAGUACGCUCAAAGGUUCCUGGAAACGUCUUCUCGACGACGAACGUCUGCGCCGAUCUUCCCAGGUCCUCUCCGUUAUCGACGAUCAUGUCUGCAUCUUCGGUGGUGAGGUGAAGCCAAGGGAGCCGCUGGAUGAUAAAGUCGACAUUUUCUCGCUCAAGUCUGAUGCAAAGCGUUUGGAAACGAAAGGUGUCUCUUCGGCGCCCACUCCCCGCGUUGGAAGUGCUUCGGCUGUACUGAAUGGGAAAAUGUACCUUUUCUCUGGUCGGGGUGGCAUCGACAUGGCUCCAAUAGAGGAAGAUGGCGCAGUGUGGUGCUUCGACCCCUCAAGCUCAGCCUGGUCCAAGAUCAUGCCUGCUGAUUCAUCUGCGCCAUAUCCACCAGCUCGCAGUUAUCACUGCUCUACUAGCGAUGGCAAAGACACCUUCUUCCUCCAUGCUGGAUGUCCCGCAAGUGGCCGUCUCUCAGAUCUGUGGAUGUUCAACAUCAACGAACGUACAUGGAAACAAGCCCCCGACGCUCCGGCGCCGCAUCGAGGAGGAACUUCUAUCGCUUACAGUGGUGGCAAGCUUUACAGGAUGAAUGGAUUUGAUGGAACCACGGAGCAGGGUGGUAGUAUCGACGUCUUCGAUCUUGCCAACAAUACUUGGUCAACUGACACAUUCAAAGCGGAUGGCAACGAUGGACCUGAAGCUCGUAGUGUUUGUGUUCUACUGCCAGUCAAGCUGGCUCGAAAAGACAAGCUCCUUACUCUCUUCGGUGAACAUGACCCUUCAUCGCUCGGUCAUGCCGGUGCAGGCAAGAUGUUGAAGGACGUCUGGAUAUAUGACAUCAGCGAGAAGUGGUGGACUCAACUACAACCCGAUGGCAGCGAUGGUACUCCUGACCCCCGUGGUUGGUUUGAUGCUGAUGUGGUCAAGGCUGAGAGCGGCAACGACAGCGUCAUCAUUCAUGGUGGGCUCGGUGAGAACAACGAGCGUUUGACGGACAUGUGGCAACUUGCCUUCUAG